CAGUGCAGAUCUCGGAUGAAGGAGAGCAGAGGGACAGUGUUUCUGCCAAAAGAAAUCCUGGCUUCCGCGGUAUCGGAUUUUUGAAGUAAAAUUCAGCACGGGACUGGAUUUUAUUUAUAUUUUAUUACGGAGGAUUCUUACAAUCUGAGGGGAAUUUGGUCCGGAAUAUCUAUUCAAAAUACACCGGGAAAGGAAACAAAGGGGCAGAGAGUGAUGGAAAUCAGGCACAGAGAUCUGAGCCGGGCAGUCACACGGCAAGUACUGUUGUUUCCCUUCUUAUUCUUUUUGUUCUGCCGGGCGGUCUCGGAGCAGAUUCGUUAUUCGAUUCCUGAGGAAAUGGCCAAAGGGUCCCUAGUGGGGAACCUCGCCAAGGAUUUGGGGCUGAAUGUGAGAGAACUGCCUCUGCGAAAGCUCCGUGUGAAUUCGGAAAAUAAAUAUUUCACUGUAAACAAGGAACAUGGCAACCUGUAUGUAAAUUACAGGUUAGACCGGGAGAAACUAUGCGGCGAGAAACCCCUUUGUGUCUUAAAUUUAGAAGUUGUGGUUGAAAACCCUUUAAAUGUUUUCCACGUGAACGUCGCAAUCCAGGACAUUAAUGAUAAUACCCCGCGGUUCGUUAAAAAUAAUAUCGAUUUAGAAAUUAAUGAAUUAGCACAACCUGGUGCGCGAUUUCCGCUAGAACCUGCGCAAGAUCCCGAUGUUGGAAUCAACUCACUGCAGAGUUACCAUCUUAGUCCAAAUCCAUAUUUUGUUUUGGAACUGAAGGAAAAUCCGGACGGCAACAAAUAUGCAGAAUUAGUGUUAGAGAAACCUUUGGAUCGAGAAAAAGAAAGGUCUCUUCAUUUAAUCUUGUCCUCCGUGGAUGGGGGAGAACCAGUCAAAACGGGGACAGUUCCGAUUAAGAUUAACAUUAUUGAUGCCAAUGACAAUCCCCCUAUAUUCACUGAAAAAAUCUACAAAGUCAGCAUGAGAGAAAACCUACCGAAGGGAACCUUAGUGCUUCAGGUGAAAGCGACUGACGCGGAUGAAGGUACAAAUUCCAGAAUAACAUAUUCUUUCAGCAACAUACCGCAGAGCGCGCAGCAACUGUUCGGUUUGGAUGCUAGUAAUGGUAAGAUUACAGCAAAAGGUAUCUUGGAUUUUGAAGAAAAAAAUAGCUACACGUUUGACGUGGAAGCCAGAGAUGAGGGAAGUCUGACUGCCCACUCUAAAGUUCAAAUAGAAAUUCUCGAUGAGAACGACAACGCCCCCGAAGUGACAUUAACAUCUGUAUCCAGUCCCAUUCCCGAAGACUCACUACCCGAAACAGUGAUAGCUCUGAUCAAAGCCCUUGACCGCGACGAUGGAGGAAAUGGAGGCGUCGCCUGUCGCAUUCAAGAUCAUUUGCCAUUUAAAAUCAUUUCAUCUACUAAUAAUUACUACAAGCUCCUCACAGACAGCCCCCUGGACAGGGAAAGGACCCCGGAGUACAAUAUCACAAUCACAGCCACAGACAAAGGCUCUCCCCCUCUCUCCACCCAGAAAACCAUCCUGUUGCAGAUCUCGGAUAUCAAUGACAACGCCCCAGUCUUUGAGAAACCUUCCUACACCGCCUAUGUGCCAGAGAACAAUCCCUCGGGGGCCUCUAUUUUCAGUGUAAAAGCCUCAGACCGGGAUCUGGACCGGAACGCCCGAGUCACUUACUCCAUCCUGAGCAGCAACCUCCAGGAGGUGCCUCUCUCCUCCUACAUCUCCAUUAACUCCCAGACCGGAGCUAUCUAUGCGCAGCGCUCCUUCGACUACGAGCAAUUCCGGGAGUUUGAAGUGCAAAUGAAGGCCCAAGACGGCGGGUCCCCGCCUCUCAGCAGCAAUGUCACCGUCAGGGUGUUUAUUCUGGAUCAGAAUGAUAACGCCCCUCGCAUCCUGUACCCUUCCCUGGAAGCCGAUGGCUCCGCCUUGUUCGAGAUGGUCCCUCGCUCGGCCGAGGCAGGUUAUCUGGUGACGAAGGUGGUGGCGGUGGAUGCUGACUCAGGACACAAUGCCUGGCUCUCCUACCAUCUGCUCCAGGCCACGGAACCGACUCUGUUCAGGAUGGGGCUGCACACCGGGGAGAUCCGGACAGCCAGUGCCUUUGCGGACAGAGAUGCAGUGAAGCACAGGCUGGUCACCCUGGUGAAGGAUAACGGGCAGCCGCCUCUGUCAGCCACAGUGACUCUCAACCUAGUGUUUGCCGAGAACUUCCAAGAGGCUCUUCCGGAAAUGAGCGACCAAUCGGGUGACUCGACACCUCAGUCUGAUUUACAGUUUUACUUGGUGCUGGCUUUAGCCCUGAUCUCAUUUUUGUUCCUCCUGACAAUGGCACUGGCCAUUGUGAUGAAAUUGCGAAGUUCAAGGAAACCUAAAUUACUUCAGUGUUUUGGUCGUGACCCUUUUUCCAAGACUAUACCUACAUUCCCACCAAAUUUUGUAGAUGGUACUUUGCCUUAUUCUUAUCAGCUAUGUUUAUCCUCAGAAUCUAAAAAAAAUGAAUUUUCUUUCCUGAAACCUAAUGCCCAGAUAUCAGAGAAUGUUCUGUGCAGUGAGAACUCUGGGACCUUACUUAUGAACAACGGAUGUAGCGUCCUAACAUCUAAAACGGAAACUGCUGAAGUGGAAGAAGUUGCAGCCUACAUAUCUCUGCAGCCUCCAACCACUCCUCUCUUGACCGGGAGGGACUGCAGCCUUCCCCAGCAGCUCCUUCUGUUGCUGGCUUCCUGGCUUAUAUACGACCCGUCUGUUUCUGGACAGUUUCUGGACAGAUUCGCUAUUCGAUUCUGGAGGAAAUGGAGAAAGGCUCUUUGGUCUCUUAUCAGCUCGAUCCCCGAUGUACAAGAUCGGGAUUCAGGAGAGACCGGGGAGAUCGGGUGCUCCAACCCCAGCAACCUCCCUUUCCAGCUGAAGAAACCCUUCGAUAAUUAUUACAGUCUGGUGACAGACCGAGCCCUAGACAGGGAGCAGGUGGCAGCGUACAACAUCACAGUGACCGCCACGGACAAUGGGACUCCUCCUCUUUGUACAGUCACCACGAUCCCACACCAGAUUUUAGACGCGGACGACAACGGUCAGAUCCAGGAAGCUCCGCUCUCCUCCUCCAUCUCCAUUAACUCCGAGACUGGGGCUCUCUACGCUCUGCGCUCCUUCGAUUACGAACAGUUCCAGGAGAUUCGGUUCCAAGUGCAGGCUCAGGAUGGGGGUUCCCCACCUCUCAGCAGUAAUGUCUCCGUCACUCUCUUUAUACUGGAUCAGAAUGACAACAGCCCGCACAUCUUACACCCCUCCUUUCCCACCGAUGGCUCCACGGGAGUGGAGUUGGCCCCUCGCUCCUCUGAGCCCGGUUACCUGGUCACUAAGGUGGUGGCGGUGGAUGCAGACUCCGGGCAGAACACCUGGCUCUCCUACCAGCUGCUGAAGGCUAUAGAGCCGGGGCUCUUCUCUGUGGGACUCCACAGCGGCGAGAUCAGGACGGCGCGCUACUUUCUCGACAAAGAUGCGCUCAAGCAAAGUCUGGUGGUUUUAGUGAAGGACAACGGGCGGCCCCCUCUCUCUGCCACGGCCACUGUCACGGUGGUGGUGGCUGACAGCAUCCCCGAAAUCCUCUCCGAUUUAAGCAGCCUCUCAGCUCCUGUAGACCCCCAGUCCAGCCUCACCUUGUAUUUGGUGAUCACUGUGGCUUCUGUUUCUUGCUUGUUCUUUACCUUUCUCAUAGUGUUAGUGGCCCUGAGGCUCCGCCGGUGGAGAAACUCGCAGCUGUUUGACUCAUCGAGUUCCCUUCUCCCGUUGAGACUCGGAGUGCCGCUGUUGGCCAAAGCGGAGCCAGGGCUGGAGCCGGAGAUCCAUCCGAUCCUCCUGCGCUGCGAUUGCUCCGUCACACAGCGCAGAUCACAGAGGAAAUAG